CUCGCGGGUCGCUGCGUUGGAGGCUGCCGUAGAUAAAAGAUGGUGCAAGAGAAGACCGUCCUCAGUAAGCGGGAUGACGCGCUGGCCCAACAUUCGACAAGAGGUACCGCCACCACAAGCUUCUUCUCACACGAUCGGCCAUGGCAGUCGUUUCCCCAGUGAAUACCAUCCUCUUGAGCUAUCCCCACACCAUAGAGAUGGUUCUCGUAUUAGCUUUGUUAAUACCAGGUAAAGCAUCGCCUAUUGUGGCUGAUAUCCUGAGACUUUCUCAAGAUCCUAACUUGUCGCUUAGUUCUUUAAGUAAUCGUGAUAGAAGCCCUCUGAGUGAUAUUAGAAUAAGUGAUGUAGUUAAUCAUCUUAAUGAUACCGUGACCGAGCUCAAGGCUCAUUUGUUGAGCAAUAACACUGAUCAGGAAGAUGAUGCAAGCAAGUGUGCGAAAUGCAGUUUGAGGCUCAACGGACCGCCCGAACUCAAAACUGAGGAAGAAAAAGACACUGUGCGAGAACUUAGAUUAGAACUCGUCAAAGCUCAAAUAUUAUCUAAGUUGAGGUUAUCGGAGCCUCCCAACGUGACCGAGUCUCUCAAUUUACCACGUGAAGUCAUUAGUUCUCUACCGAACAUGGAGGCUGAGAUUCAAGUUCAAACUUCACCACCAACCGAGACUUCUAAAGUUAUCGUCGCCGACACAAGAGUGGCGUGCCCUCGGAGCAGCCCUCGCACGGCAACCUGCUAUCAUUUCACCCUACCGUCCGGGCUCGUCUCGUCCGGCGCGUCGCACAGCUCAGUCUUCUUCCAGGUUCCGGAGACCACGUCGGAGUACCAGCACCAGCAGGCCUUGGUGUCCGUUACCAAGGUAUCAAGUUCAGGCAAUCACAAUCAUCGCAGUCGUCACCACCAUCACCCCCGCGUUACAUCAUCACCCCAGGACCGCGUCACACUCACAUCACAACUCGUGACGCGGCCUGAGAACGGCUGGGUCUCCGUAGACGUUGCGACGUCGCUGCUGGCUCCUCUUGAGCCCCAAAAGCCACAAGAAUUGCGGAAAUCUUUACACGCAAAGAAAAUGAAGACUGUGAAAGGGUUUCCUGAUUCCGUUCAGGAUAUUUCACUCUCAGAAAAUGGUGGAAUUAUUUUAGAAAUAUUUUGUCGUCACUGCAAGCAUCCAAGAAAAGAAGUGGAUGAUUUUAUGCCGUUUUUGUCAGUUCGCGUUACUGACAAAGUCAAGGCUCGGUCGCGACGCUCGCCUCAAGACUGCACCGCGGGAGCGCGUGGUUGCUGUCGUGACAGUUUGUACGUAAGCUUCGUAGAGCUUGGCUGGCACAACUGGAUCAUACAGCCACAAGGCUUCACCAUGUACUUCUGUAAGGGAUCUUGUGCACAGCCUUCAGUUGCAGAGACCCUGGAAGGAGGCAACUCGUACGUCAGCCUCUUGCAGCGGAUCCUGCUGACUGACGCGCUGAGUCCGACGGUGCGGGCAGCUGUAGCGCCGUGCUGCUCCGCGCAGCGCAGCGAGCCGCUCAGUAUCAUGUGGCACGAGUCCCCCAACACCGUCAAGCUGCAGAACCUCCCCGACAUGAUAGUUACGGAGUGCAGCUGCGCCGGGUGAAUGAAUGCAUGUCGUGGCGGCAGCACCUGCCUGACAUGAUAGUUACGGAGUGCAGCUGCGCCGGGUGAAUGAAUCCAUGUCGUAGCUGCAGAACCUCCCCGACAUGAUAGUCACGGAGUGCAGCUGCGCCGGGUGAAUGAAUUCAUGUCGUAGCGGCAGCACUUCCCAUUACGCUGAGAUCUCCGCAACUAUGCCGCGACAUGAGAGUUACCGUCUAGCUAAGUCAUUAUUACCCGAACAAAUUAUUAUGAGUAGAAGUAGACUUACGUUAUCAAGUCAGCACUUACGCCACUCGUAAGUCGAUUUUGCGUACUUACGAAGUUUUGAUAAUACGGCCCCAGGGCUGGCAGCCGGGGCCGUCUGGACAGAUUACGUAAGGCAGGCAAUUCUUGUGCUCGAUUGUUGUUACACUCUUUACAGUUUGUCAAAUCUUCGAGUAAUAUCAUUAAAAUAGUUCAUUGUACUGAUGUUAAUCGCAUUGAGAUUUCUCAUGAUAAGUACAGCAUUUUCAUAUUGAAUCGAGUUUUUCUGUGAGUAAUAGUAUCGUUUUCCGACAUUAAGCCACAAACACUACUAAAAUUUCUGAAUAGUUUCCAUUUAAUGAACCUCCUUAGUAUUAAUAUUGGAAAACAUUGCUAGUACUUAUGUUUACAAUACACCUUCUGUAUUGCCUUAUUCUAAUCCAGUUUAGAGAAGGAGCCACAACUUCCAACAAAGCAAGCAUCAAAACUUACUGGAUUUUCAUAAACGUUUCCUUAAGUCUCUCGCAGGAAACAGAAAUGAUUACUGUGUCUGUUAACUCAAGGCAAGGGUGCGUAAGAUAUUGUGCUUUAUUUGUUUUUCAAUUCGUCUAAAAGUUCCGAAUUAUUGUUUCCAAUUGGAUUCUGUACAAAAUGACUUACUUUAGAAAUGAAUGCUGAGAGUGUGUGGAUGUUUAACCACAAUAAGGUAUUAUGUUACUUGUACACAUUACUAAUGAAUACUUUGUGUAACGAUUCCUGUUCCUUUUAGGGUAAUUUCUGAAUCUGCAAUUCAAAAUUUCUCUAUUAAGAAGAAAUGCCGUAAAGUAUUAAGGAAACAUGAUAUUGUGAUGUUGCCUCGAUUGUAAUGGUAUUAAUUUUGAUUGUAACUACCUCUGCAAAUGCUUGAUGUUUCACAAUUCAAGAUGAUACAAUUACUGAAAUAUCAAGAGUAAAAAGUUUAAUAACCCUGGAGUCCUUAUAGUUUGUUUUAACUUGUUGCUCGGAAAACAUAGCCCAAACGGUUUUCUUUUCGUGAAGAGUUACAAACGUUAGAAAAGAAGACGAGAGUGUCUGUGGCCCUUAGUCGUCAAUCCAACGAUAUCUUAUGAUUCUUGCAUUUUGAUCGACGAAUUUCACCAACAGUUUCUAAAAUGCAUUUAAAUGACUUUGAUCUCAAAGCCAGGAUUACAUUUUACCUUCAAUUGAAUCGGCUCGUUCGGCGUCGUGUUAUUAUUAUUAUUAUUAUUUUUGAUUUAUCAAAGCCUUGUAGUUAUAUGUUUAGGCGAGAGUUUACUUUCGUCAGAGUAUUUCUCUGAUGAAAUAUUCGGAUAGGUCAAGUCUAUUGAUCCAUGUGUGUUCAAUGUGAUCGUUUCAAUGCAAUUAACUUAUUUGAGCAUAAGCCUGCUUACUCUAAAAUCGUAGCUAGUUUAUCUUCAGAGAACGUAGCUGAACUAAAUGUCUAAAUAUGAUUUUAGGUUCUUGGUCAAAGUAAAUCUUAAUUCGAAUAUUGA